GGAAAGAAGCUAGCGCUAUUCAUUCGACUAGAUUGAUUAUUACGUGCUUGAUUACUCUCAGUACGGAACUUUGGGUUGCCCGGGGCCAUGGAUUCGAACGUGCGUGGAGGUACAUGGAGGCACGUGAUCUAACGCGUCCGUCCAAUGAGAACGCGGCCCAAGAUUUUUCUGCUUUCUCCGGUAACAGGUCCAUUUCCACCUACCUGAACACUCCGCCGAGCUUCUGGUCGCUGCUAUGGCCUCGACCCCCUCAAAAUCCCGCAAGUCUCGCACAAAACCACCCAAGGGGAGACCUGCCGCGACCUCGACAAUCUCGCAGCCCGCGGUAGCAGACCAUUCGACGCUAACUUAUUUGUCUACAUUUUCACCUCGAGGGGACCUCUUUGCUUUCCUGUCACUUGCUGUCGACAAACAUCGCCUACGCAUAUACGACACUGCUACGCGGCAGUCCGUCGCGGAACAUGUCGUCGAUAAUGCUCGAGUGACCUCUCUCUGUUGGGCCCGCCUCGACCCUUCAGACUCGCAAAAACAUGCUGCAGAGGAUGCAGAGGCAUCCCACCAGCCGAAGCGGAAACGCAAAAAGCGGAAUAGCCAGGCGGCUGCCCCAGAUGUUGAGGACGCCCCUGCACCGCAAGUGGUGGUUCUGGGACUGUCGGACGGCACUGUAUCGCUCUUCUCUCCUAGCCAUGGGCGUAUAGUACGGACGCUCUCACACACCUCCAGUACCGCUGACAUUCUCGCCGUCGCUGCGGAUGGUCAACCGAGCGACCAUACGUCAGCCAUCUGGACGUCUAGCGCGGACGGCACAAUACGGCUAUGGGAUGCCAAUAAAAACGCUGUGGUAGGGAGCUGGACCAGCGACGACCGAAUACCAUACUCUGCGCUCGCCACCCGACCCAGGGCCGACGAGGAGGGUCGGACGGACGUGCUUGUCGCGCACCAUGCCAUUCGUCUCCUGUCAAUGUCCACCAGCUCUUCGGAAAUGCAGCUUUCCGAGAACGCUCAGCCGAAAGAAUUGGCAAGAUUCACCGGCCAUGCUUCAUCAAUACGAAAUUUGCAAUGGCACAGCUCUUCCCAGUUCCUCUCACUCGCCGAAGCAGAUCGGUUUGUGUACGUCUGGGAUGUGCCAGAAGGGUCUGCGGAGGGCAGAGUUGUAGCGUCUAUUCCGUUGGAUUCGGACGCACGGCAUUUUGCCCUCUCAUCAUCAUCGUUGCUUACUUUAUCCGCCUCGGGGAAGAUCUCUGUUUUCGCCUUUCCCCAGGACCUGACUGCAGAGGCAGGCUCGAAGCAGAAAAUCCCCAAUCUGUCACCCAAGUCGACUAUCCCCGUCUCGAGCAAGAAGGAUGCGGAUGCCACUGCUGUCGUCGCUGCGUCAUUUGCGGCGGGCGAGCAAGGUCACAUUCACGUCGCACGACUAGUCAAUGGAGUGCAGCCUGUAUUUGAUGUCGUGUCAUAUCUUGACGAAACAGGAGCUUUUUUGGAGGACAUUACUAUCACCUCCUCGGCGGCAGAUUUGGUGAAUGGUGUGGACGGCGGUGCACCCACCAAACGCUACAAUGAAUCCUCGUCUCUUGCAGUGCGGUCGGGUAACGAGCUGGGCCAGGAUGCAUCAAUGGACGAUAUUGCCAUGCGAGAUGUCGACGGCGAUCUGGACGUAGACCUGGCGGAGCUCAGUCUCGGACAGCGGCUCACAGCCCUUAACGGCGGAAGGGACACCGUUCAGCGUGCGUCUGACUCUAGCGAUGAGGAGGCUCGUCCAGGGACACGCGAUGAGCGGCGCAAGGCCGAUGAGACGAUCGAGGCGGUGCCUGCCACCUCUCUUACUCGCACGCUCAUUCAGGCGUUGCAUUCGUCGGACGCGCGUCUGUUGGAGACAUGUCUUGCACAUUCCGACGUAACCUUGAUACGCAAUACCGUGCGCAGGCUCCCGCCUCAGCUCGCAGUUCCGUUGAUCACAGCAUGUGUGGAGCGGUUAGGUCGUGGGGCACGCGGAGGGAACAUGAAGGGCGGAGGUGGCGGCGCGAGUUCGCAGCGGGGUACUGCGAUGAUCAACUGGGUACGCGCCGUGCUCGCGGCACAUAGCGGACAUCUGAUGACUAUGCCUGACCUUGUCGCGCGCUUGUCGGGCUUGCACACCACGCUCGCGACGCGACUCACGCUGCAAGAUAGUUUACUUGCGCUGAGCGGUCGUCUGGACAUGGUGAUGUCACAGAUCGAUAUGCGCGCAUCUGGACCGCCUGCACCGCUGCCUCUGCCGAAGGGUAAGAAGGCGAAGAGGCGGCAGGCGAAGCGGUAUGUAGAGGGCGAGAGUGACGCUGAGGAGCCCGCAAGAGCACAGGAGGACCAGAUGGACAUUGAGGUUGGGGUGGAGAGUGGGGACGAUGGGGGCAGCGUUGAGGAUGUCGAGCUGGGUGCGGACGAAGACGAGGAGGGAAGUGAUGAGGAGGAGGAUGAAGAGGACGACGAGGAUGAUGAUGAAGAAGACGACGAGGAUGAGGAUGGCUUUGAGUCCUCGAAGUUAAAUGGUUUCAUCGAUGAUGAGGCGGAAGAGUACAGCGAGGAGGAAGACGACGAUGAGAGCGAAUGA